CUGACGUCAUCAUCACUCGCCCAGAAAGCAUGGCGCCGCUGCCGUCAAGCGGUAGAUGAUAAAAUGGUGGCCGGGUCUCUUUUAGUUUUAUGAUUUUGUGGGCUUUUUACGUCGUCUCUUUGUUUUUUACGACCGCUAGGCUCCAACAUGCUGUCUGUGAAGUUAGCGUAUGUGGCUUUGGACGCCUCCAGAGCGCUGGUUAAACUACCGCCUCGGCGUCGUGCUCUGUGUUCUGUCAGUGCGACUCGGUUCUGUCACUCGACAGCUACCGCAGAGGAGCCCGCAGUGAUUCGUAUUCCUCGUUACAUGCAGAAACGCGUCGAAAAUGUGAAGCAGGCUCGAGACAAAAACAAGGUCAGCACCAUCAAAGCCGGAAAACUCCUGAUCCAGAGCAAGAACCCGGACCUGAACCAGUCGGCCGGGUUCGUCCUCGGGAAGUUUGAGCAGCCCCUUCUCUGUUCCAAAGGAUGGAAACACAACAAGUCAUUCGGCGACUAUUUCACCAUCAACAACACCAAGACUGCUGCACCGUGUGUUACUGAAAACCAGACGGAGGAUGCUCAACGGAAAACAGCCACGACGUUUGAUGAGCUCCGCAUUUGCAAAGAGCUGGUGGAGGCCCUGAACGGCCUCGGCAUCACUCGUCCCACCACUGUGCAGCUGCAGACCAUCCCAAAAGUCCUGAAAGGUCACAACAUUCUGUGCGCUGCAGAGACGGGCAGUGGGAAGACGCUGAGUUACCUCCUGCCCAUUGUUCACAGGCUGCAGGCUCACAGAGAACUGCAGACGCACUCCAAGGACAAAAUUCGGACUUUGGUCCUGGUUCCUUCCCGAGAGCUCGCCGAGCAAGUGGCUGCGGUGUCCAGGACUCUGUGCGCUCCGUUCGGCCUGUUAACGAGGACCGUGGGCGGCGGUCGAGGCGUCGGACACAUCAAGUCGGUCUUCAGGAAGAAUCACCCGCACAUUUUAGUGGCGACUCCAGGCGCUCUGGUUAAAGCCCUGCAGAGACGCUGCCUGGACCUGGGUGAGCUGAGCUUUUUGGUGGUGGACGAGGCCGACACCAUGUUCGACUCCAGCUUCUCGGACAUGCUGGAGAAGAUCCUGCUCAGCACCGAGGUUGCGGAUCAUCCCAGGGAAACGCACGGCCCGGGGCACAAAGCCCAGCUGCUGCUGGUGGGAGCCACGUUCCCAGGUGGCGUUGGGGAGCUGCUCAGCCAGGUGACAGACCUUGGCAGCAUGGUGGUGGUCAAAAGUAAGAUGCUGCACUGCCUCAUGCCACAUGUCAAACAGACCUUCCUCAAGGUGAGAGGCGCCGACAAAAUCCUGGAGCUCUACCAGUCCCUGAAGCUGCUCCAACAAGGAAAAGGAAGGGGUUCCGGGGUGCUGGUGUUCUGCAACAAGUCGACCACCGUCAACUGGCUGGGCUACUCACUGGAGGAGAUGGGCGUUCAGCAUGCGCGUCUGCAGGGGGAGAUGCCUGCAGCCGUUCGCACAGGCAUCUUCCAGUCCUUCCAGAGGGGCUCGGUAGACGUGCUGAUCUGCACAGACAUCGCCUCCCGGGGCCUGGACACCUCCCGGGUCGGCCUGGUGGUCAAUUACGACUUCCCGGAAUCUCACACGGACUACAUCCACAGGUCGGGGAGGGUGGGCCGAGCGGGGGGCGUGGAGGACGGGGAGGUGCUCAGCUUCGUCACCCAUCCCUGGGACGUGGAGCUGGUGCAGAAGAUCGAGACGGCGGCACGGAGGAGGAUGAGUUUACCAGGAAUGGAAUCAGAAAUACAUAAGCCGAGAACUAGAGAGGAGGAGAAGGAGGAGGAGGUGUAGUAGGAGAGAGCGCAGCAGUACAGGACAAACAGCUUUGUCAAUUUGUUGCAGUUUGUAGAAAUUUGAUAUAAAUCAUUGGAAAAAAAAUAAGAUGUCAUAACAAAAGGGUUUGUUGUAAUUUCUAAAAUUGCCUGAUGUAAAUAAUGCUCGUACACCAGUUCGGGCUCAACACUCUGAACGUUCACACCAUUAAGUAAUAUGUUCAAUGUGGGUCACACUUUAUUACAUCACUCAGGCCUUGGUUUUAAUAAAACUUUAAAUAAGUUAAGGGCUUUGUGAUCAGUAGCAGCCUAAUACUAUACAGGAUAUUAUAUAAUUAAUUGUAUUUGGUGCUGUAUAAAAAUGUCUUAGUCUGGGCCUCCUAUAAAUUCUUCCUUCGGGAAAUAAGACA